ACCAUUCAUUCAGUCAGUCGGUCGCCAGCUACCCGUGAGGACCUAACCUUUCGCUGUACCAAUUGACAAAACAUUUGACUUCCCGACUGACAUUUGUUUUACUUUCGCUAGCUACCCGCGAGGACUUACUAACCUACUCCAACUGACAAAACAUCGUGAGGACAACGCCUGGCCGGACCACUUGACCCGUGACCUAGUGAGACCAGCACGUCGCCAAGCUCAGUCUCCCGUGCGCUACCCGCGAGGACUUACUAACCUACUCCAACUGACAAAACAUCGUGAGGACAACGCCUGGCCGGAGCACUUGACCGUGACCUAGUGAGACCAGCACGUCGCCAAGCUCAGUCUCCCGUGCGACCUAGCAAUGCCCGUCACCCGCUCCGGAAGCCAACAGGGCCGGGGACGAGGUGGCAGAGCCCUAGGACGGGGCGGACCGACCCAACGAGGCGGACGGGGCGGCAGGGGACGUGGCGGCCCGACAACCGACCAGCCCGAAGACAUUGUUAACCUGCGGACUGAGCUCCAGCGGCUCCAGGCGGCGAACGAGCUGCUCUCCAAAGAACUGGAGUCCAGACCUCCUGCUCCACAGGGCGCCCCCACGCUGCCAACAACUACCCAGUUCGGCCCCACACCGCCGGCACUUCCGCCUGCCCAGCUGGAUGGCCCCGCCAAUGCUCUGGCCGGAGCCAUUCUAGAUCGCCCACUUCCGCCACACAUUCCCUCACAUGGAGCCAUGCCCAAUUCCGGUACCCUCCCAUCUACAGCCGUCGUCCUUAAUAAGGUUGCCAACGACCUCUUAAUGACCUCUCUCGCCCCUUCCACCUUACGGGCUUAUCGCUCUGCCUGGCAGCAGCUGCGUCAAUUCACCUUUCAACUAGUCGGUCGGGACUUGACCAUGCCCCCCAUAUCAGUCCCCCUGCUAUCUCAGUUUAUUGCGUCACUACACCAAAGACAGAUAGCACCUGCAUCCAUCUCCUCUAAACUAUCUGCCAUCAGCUUCAUCCACAAACUUUUUGAUUUACCGGAUCCUACCCAGUCAUUUGUUAUCCAAAAACUGAUGCAGGCUAUCCGGAAGUUCCGUGUCCCAGACGAUCGACUCCCCAUCUCCCCGUUCAUACUCAAAUCAUUGGUAGACUCGCUACAGAACACAACCGCCACGCAUUAUGAUCAAGCUUUAUUCAAGGCCAUGUACUUGUUCACUUAUUACUCCAUGGCCCGUAUUGGCGAAGUCGCCGUCACCUCUGGCCCGCAGCACACGUUGCAGCUCUCCAACAUUUCCUUAUUCCCGUCCCGUCAAACAUCCGGGCCCUCCAUCAUCGCCACCUUUCAAUCCUUCAAACACAACAGUUCUGGCCGCCCGUCCUCAAUUUCUAUUCAGUCACAACCAGGAAGCCGGUACUGCCCGGUAGCCAGUCUACAGGACUACCUGAAGCUGAGGGGGAACUGUGCGGGAUGCCUUUUCCUCCGCAGCAACGGGCGUCCUGUCUCCGCGGACCUUUUCGCUCGAACCCUCAAAACUAGCCUAGAACAUCUCGGCCUAGACACCCACAAAAUCACCCCCCAUUCCUUUCGAAUAGGCGCUGCAACCUGGGCUGCAAUGCAAGGGGUGCCCGACUCCCUUCUCAGGUCCUUAGGCAGAUGGUCGUCAGAUGCAUUCAAACACUAUAUUCGCCUCUAACCAAUCCUGACUCAAAGUUUCCCGAAGGUUGCUGGCGGGUGCCCUUCCUUCUACUAACACAUGUAACCAACCAUAACUAAGAGGUUAUGAGCUUCUAUUGUAUGGACACGUACGAUUACUAUUGCACUAUUUUGAGACCAGCGUUUACCGCACGCAGCAAUGUACCAUAGAUCCUACCCUGUAAUGUACCCGAUUGUUACUUAUUGCACCUACCCUUUAUUCGAUGUUAUUCAUCUUAUGUGGACAAGAUCACCCGUUGGUGUCUAGCGUUUGUAUCAUACUCUGUAUCUUAUACCCAAUGUAUAAAACCAUCCUACUCUGUGUCUUAUAUCAAUGUAGACAACAGGACCACCCGUUGGUGGCUAGCGUUUUGAAUCCUACGCUAUAUAUUAUACCCAUUGUAGAACCAAAUCACCCAUUGGUGACUAGCGCUUGUAUCAUUCUCUGCAUCUUAUACCCAAUGUAUAAAACCAUCCUACUCUGUGUCUUAUACCAAUGUAGACAACAGGACCACCCGUUGGUGGCUAGCGUUUUGAAUCCUACUCUAUAUCUUAUACCCGAUGUAGAACCAAAUCAUCCGUUGGUGACUAGCGUUCGUAUCCUACUCUAUAUCUUAUACCCAAUGUAGAACCAAAUCACCCGUUGGUGACUAGCGUUUGUAUUCUACUCUAUAUUUUAGAACCAAAUCACCCGUUGGUGACGUUGUAUCCUACUCUAUACCUUAUACCAAUGUAGAACCAAAUCGCCCUUGUAUCCUACUAAGGAACAAGAUAACGAGUUGGUGACUCUCUUUUGUAACCCAUACUGUAGUGUUCCUACGAUGAUUGCCACAUGUACGCACCUUUUAUGUUAUGCGAUUCCCUCUUCUGUAAGAGUCAUUGGAUGUGUUUUGCAAGUUUUGGUCUCCACUACUUCCGUGAGGCCGGGUUGUUGACAUGAGACACAUGUUAAUAUAUUUGAGACAAUCUCUAUCCUACAUCAUGCCUCGCACGUGUUGAUGCUAUGGUUUGUGAUGCAACAGAAUAAAAGGUUGCAUAUCUCGCCAAACAAGAAAUGUCUCUUCUGUUUAUUGUGUUUGAUCCUCCCUAGUUAAACUGACUGUCAUUCCGUGAGUUUGGAAGCA